ACUAGGGUUUUGCCCGCAUAUAUAAACCAGCACGGAAGCCCCAAUCUUCUUCUGUAGGUGAAGCAAACCAGGGGGCGGUUCGACGGUAACUCUGCUCGUCUUCGUCGUGAAUCAUGGUCAAGCAUAACAAUGUUGUGCCCAGUGGGCACUUCAGGAAGCACUGGCAGAACUAUGUGAAGACCUGGUUUAACCAACCUGCCCGUAAAACCAGGAGAAGAAUUGCAAGACAAAAGAAGGCUGUGAAGAUUUUCCCUAGGCCUACGGCUGGACCACUUCGUCCAAUUGUCCACGGGCAGACAUUGAAAUACAACAUGAAACUAAGGGCUGGCAAGGGAUUUUCUCUGGAAGAGCUCAAGGCUGCGGGGAUUCCAAAAAAACUUGCCCCAACCAUUGGCAUUGCCGUUGAUCAUCGUCGCAAGAAUCGGUCCUUGGAGAGUCUCCAGACUAAUGUCCAGAGGCUGAAGACGUACAAGGCUAAGUUGGUUGUCUUCCCAAGGCGUGCACGGAAAUUUAAGGCUGGUGAUUCUGCUCCUGAGGAAUUGGCAACAGCUACCCAAGUCCAAGGUUCAUACAUGCCUAUUGUGCGUGAGAAGCCUACUGUGGAGCUUGUCAAGGUCACAGAUGAGAUGAAAUCAUUCAAUGCCUAUGCCAAGCUCCGUGUGGAGCGCAUGAACAAGCGUCAUAUUGGUGCCCGGAUGAAGAAGGCUGCCGAGGCUGAGAAGGAAGAGAAGAAAUAGUCAAUUUUGCCAGUAUCCUCGUUUAAGGAUGUUUUUUUUUCACAUUUUUGAUCCGAAUCUUUUUGAAGGACUUGUUUCCAAUUCAAUUGAUAAGCCGCACUCUAAGUGGGUCAGUUUGACCCAAAUGGAUUUUCAAAGAUUACUUGGUGGUUA